AUGAUGGACCCAGACCUCAACAAUAAGCUCGAUAGGCUACUCACUCUAUUGGAAGCACAGCUAGAGCUUACCAGACAGGGUUAUCGAGAGGAACAAUUACAACAAGCUCAACUGAGCAGGGAGGAGACAAUGGACCUCUCUCACUCAGAAGACCAAGCAGGAGGAGGAGAUGAGUCUAUGAUAGGAGACCCACAUACUCCUACUCCAGCUCCACGACCAAGACAAUCAGUCUCAUUCAACUUGGAUGAGCAGGACGACGUCAACUACGAGAAGUAUGCUUCACCUACAGGGCCAAGAUAUGUCAAGACUAAGGUGGACCCCUACAGCAGGACCAGGAUGGACCCUUACCCCCUGGACCAAGAGGAGGACACCAGCAUCAUGAUGGAGAGAUCGAAGCCCAUUGCCACCCCAUUUCCAAAGUUCAAUCCCCGAGAUGUGGAGAUCUUCAUUCUAGAAGCUGAAGCAUGGUUUAAGUUCAACCAGGUGUAUGAGCAGUCUAGGAUGAUCAAUCACAUGGGUGCUCAACUGGAAGGGACAGCAAGAGAGUGGUGGACCUCCAAGCUCCGUAUCGAUAGAGCUAGAGAAGGAAGGUUGUUCAAUGAUUGGCACUACUUCACAGAGCGACUGUCAGAGCAGUUCAACCCACACAAUGCUAGGAUGGAGGCAUACAACAAGCUGUUGGCUCUCAGACUCACAAGUGAUGCUCCUGGUGCUGCCACAUGUCAUGUAGAGCAGUUCAGAGACUUGGAAGGACAGGUCAACCUAGAUGACAAUGAGCUAGUGAUUGAUCUCUUCAGAGGUAGUCUCACUUGCAGCAUACAGGAGAAGUUUGAGAGGAACCCACCUGGAAAGAGAUGGGAAUGGUAUCGAGAGGUUGAGGAGAUUGAUCGACAGAGGAUGCUACUACAGCAGAUAGACCCUCUUAGCUCUCGACCCAUGGGACCAAAGGUCAUGGUCACCACAGCAGACCCCUUCGAGGAGGCCACCGACUCAGGAGAUGGCCACACAGGCAGCACUGAGACUGACCCCAAGGCCAUGGACCUCAGCUCAUACCAGCAACCCAUGGACCUCGACCAUGAGGAGGAGGAGCACGAUGAUGACAACGAUGAGGGAAAUGUCAGCAAAGCAGUACUGGAGCUCUCUGGAAUGGUUCAAGACCAUCCUGCUUGGAUACUAGCUGAUACUGGUGCUGGUCUGUCCAUAGUCUCAGAUUCUUUCAUUAGUAAGUACCAAAUACCCACAAAACCCAUAAAAACAAGAUCGAUCCAUGGUGUCACUGGACACCAACUCUCCAUCAAUAGUUCUGCAAGCAUGCAGGUAUCUAUUGGUACACACAAUCUGGGUGUGGUUGAAGCUUCAGUGGCCGACACUGCUGACUAUGACCUCAUCCUGGGGUUCACCGAGCUACGGAGGCUCAAACCCACCAUACAAUGGGAUACAGGCCAGCUGGAGUUCAAGACUCAGGAGCAGGACCAACCCCCAAGGAGACCCCCUGAAGCAGCAAGAGCAGGGGACCUAACCAUGAGGAGACCAACCCUCCAUGGUAAUGAGUUUGUCUCGGCAGAGCGCAUACUACAAGCAGCUCUGGAAGAUGGACCCAUAGGGUUCAUGCUGUUAGAGGAGCCACCAUCAUCACUCCUGGCCUUUGGUUUUGUACCUACAGGUGCAGACAAAGGAGUCGAGAUGGAGGUGGAGGUAGACAAGGUGGUGAUGGCUGCAGACAUACCAAAGCCAUACCAACACCUGCGAGAUGUGUUCAAUGAGGUGGAAGCAGACAAGCUGCCCCAUCAUACUGAGCACGAUCUCCACCUCAAGUUGAUAGAAGGAGGUAAGCCACCUCAAGGGCCCCUAUACCUUAAGGGACCCAAGGAGAUGUCCAAGUUGAGGAGGUACUUGGAUGAGAACCUCAAGAAGGGGUUCAUAAGACCAUCGAAGAGCCCAGCACGAUCACCAGUGCUCUUCAUACCAAAGAAGGAUGGAGGUCUCAGACUCUGUGUGGACUACCGAGGUCUCAAUGAGAUCACUGUCAAGAACAGGGCACCAUUGCCCCUCAUCGAGGAGCAGCUGUUCUUACUCAGGAAGGCAAGGAUCUAUACCAAGCUAGACCUUAGGGCAGCAUACAACCUCAUCCGGAUUGCUAAAGGAGAUGAAUGGAAGACAGCUUUUGGCACUCAGUUAGGACUCUAUGAGUACCUAGUGAUGCCCUUUGGCCUAGCCAAUGCUCUGGCUCACUUUCAGUCAUUCAUCAAUGACAUCUUCCAAGACAUCAUUGGAGUAUAUGUGGUAGUAUACCUAGAUGACUUCCUGAUCUUCAGUGACACUGAAGAGGCACAUGUGAAGCAUGUCACCGAGGUCCUCACUCACUUAAGAGGCAACAGGCUCUUUGCUAAGCUGUCGAAGUGUGAGUUCCACACCAAGACAGUCGAGUUCCUGGGGUACAUCAUCAAGCCAAUGGGCAUAGAGAUGGACCCAGAAAAGGUGCACACUGUCAAGGAGUGGCCAAUGCCGGAGUCAAUCCAUGACAUCCAAAGGUUCAUAGCCCACUUUGCUUGCAUAGCCAAGCCAUUGACAUCACUGGUAAAGCCUAUAGAAUGGUUCAAGAAGUUUGAGCUACCAGAGGAGGCCCAACAGGCCUUCCACAAGCUCAUCCAGGCCUUCACAUCAGCAGGAGUGCUUCAGCACUUCGACUACCACCUUCCAACAAGGUUGGAAACUGAUGCAAGUGACUUUGCUAUAGCAGGAGUACUCAAGCAGGAGCAUGAAGGACAGUGGCAUCCAGUGGCCUUCUACUCUAGGAAGAUGUCUUCUGCCGAGAAGAACUAUGAGAUCCAUGACAAGGAGCUCCUAGCUGUGGUCGCCUGCCUCACUCAGUGGCGACACAUGCUAGCUGGACUACCUAGCCAACUGGUCAUCCUCACCGACCAUGAAGCCCUCAAGUACUUCAAGUCACAGAGACACAUCACAGGAGACAAAGGUGGUGAACCCGAUGCUCUCACCAGAAGGACAGACAUGCAACCAGCUGGUGAAGAGCAGGAUCACAAUGUGAGGCAACUACUGCCUCCUCGAGUGUUCAAGGAGACAGCAGACCAUGACUUGAUCCUAGUGGCCCCUAUGAUCUUGAUGGAGUCCAUAGCAUCAAAAGGUCUCAGAGACCUGGUCAAGAUCUUCCAGCCCUUAGACCAAGAGCUACAGGAGAUACAUAGGAAGAAGCCCUUCGAGGUCAAGGACGACCUAUGGUACAGUGGAGGAAGGUUGGUUAUCCCCAAAGUAGCAUCCGAUUAG